AUGGACCAUGGCAGUCUCCGAGACGAGCCUGUUUCGCGCUCCGGGCCGUUCCUCGACCAUCUCGACCAUUACGAUUACAAUAGCCAGGAUCAAUCGCCCCUCUCACCACAGCGCCAGCACCAUUACCGCGACCCCUUCGACGACAUAGAUGCCCUCGGCUCCGGCCCGAACUCGCCCGACCCCUUCGACCCGUACGCCGCCGCGAAUCUGCACGCUUUUUCCGCCAAUGCCCUCGCGACCGCCCGCGAUCCACAACCUCCCGACGACUCUGUAGACCCCGCCGACUUUUACCGCAGCUACCAGAGCCCGCAGCCGACCGAGGAUGCUGGAAAUACCUCCCCGCCAGUGAAGGACCCCAUGGCCCAGGCGACGGUAUCCAGCAGCACACGGCAGGCGCCGUCGUUGCGGUCGAACGGCAACGGAACGACCCCGAAGCACCCCGCCGUUCCGGUGAACCACCGCGGCGCCCUGCGACCGGGCCAGCGUUCCGCCUCGACUCCAGUCGACAGCCGAUCAGGAGUUUCUGGCGCGGGGGGUUCGAAACCGUCAGCUGCCGCCGAGGGCGUUCCGCCGAGCGUCAAGGAUCUCAAAAAGAAAUUUGACCAGUCAUCCUCUCAAUCCGCCUCCGGCGGCCGGAAAUCCGUCCCGAGAGCCUCAACCCGAGACACGGCGUCGAGUAGCGUUAAUGGCAGAUCACCCGGUACAACCUCGCACAGUACAACUAGGACGACGGCGACACGAGACAGAGACAGGGACACAGGGCGCGGCACAGGUAAAGGCUCCGGAACCCGAAGUUCACAACGAUCGAAAUUGCCUACCGAAGACCAAACCUCUGGCAAUUCACAGUCGUUUGCAAGCAGGAUAUCCAGACCUCGCACCGCCGGUCCCACCACUACAAAAUCACCCAAGCCCAUGGCACAGCCUGCUGUGCCGCGUCAAAAUGGGCUUUUGUUUGGCGAGAUCCUGCCGGAUCAGAGCGACGCCGUCACACCCGGGUUCGGCAUCGAACCGGCCCGGCCGAGGAGGACUUCCGAGUCCAACAUCAUCAACCCUGCACGGGCACAGAUGAGAACUCUCUCGAACCCGGACAUCGCCGACACAGAACCACCGUCGCCAACCGAUUGGUACCGCGCUGCAGGCCCGGUUGAGCAGCAGAGCACCGAUCACCCCGUGUCCAGGAUACCAAAAAGUCAUCACUCUCGAGCCCGCAGUGAUCUUGCUGGAUCCAAACUGACCUUGAGCCGCCCGGACCACGGUGCAGCGAGGCACGAUGUCGACUCCCCAAUCUCACCCACAUCGCCGGCCUCUCCGACCUCGCGUCUUCCGCGGCUGGCUCGGAGGAUGAACGAUGCCUCGACCCACGGCGAAAGCCCGGUGUCGACGCGCUCCAACUCCCCCUCCACCUUCAACAAGUAUUCCACAUCCAGCGGGAGAACAUCCCGACAACAUGUCUCCUCAACAACACGCGCGAGGACGCCCACAGGGAACCCCGCCCCCAAAGCAUCAAGCCGAACCUCAAGCUCGGCUCGCAAGCCCCCGCCGUCAAAUAUUACAACUCGGCCCACCAGUCGACCCAGUAGUCGGCUCAAUGCCUAUGUCUCUGUGCCGACUCCCAAAUUGUCUCCGAGCCUGCGGAGCUCUCGGCCUCGCCAGUCAGUUGCUACCGCCACGACUGCAGCAUCGAGAAUGCGAACCGUGGAGGCCAGCGCUUCCCCUCUCAGGCAAUCUCAACGCACCGUCAAGACGGACGAACCGACGCCCCGAAGGCGUAAGGUAUCCGUUGGCGCAAUAGAUUUCGCCCAACGACGGGAAACCAUCAAACUUGCCUACAGCAAAUCCAUCCGGGAAACCCAGGCAAAAGAAGUCAGGCAGGCCGCUGCGGAAAAGAGAAAGAAAGAGUUAGCUGCUGUCGCUAAGGCAAAGGUAGAGGCAGAGGCGGCUACAGCGGCGGCUGUUGCUAACGCCACGGCUGCGGCGGCUGCCACGGCUUCUGCCACGACACCGUCUAAGAAAGCCCGGGACAAUGGCCGCCCCUCCGACGCGGCAACAGAACAACAAGAACCCCAGACUGAAGAAUCACAGGAGUCUGAGGCGGACAUGCUUACGCCCCAACCACCAGCGGAGGAGUUCCGUGCCCCUCUCGAUACACUGAGAUUAGAAAUACCAGGCAGUUUCCCCGGCGCCGGGUCCCCAUUAGACGAACAGGACGACAUCCCCCUCUCCGCCAUCUCGAUGACAAGCGCGGUAACCGAAUUCGAUACCGAGGUGCAAACCGAGCCCCCCAGACAGGAAAUGCCAAUAUCAAUCGACGGCGCGCUGGGAGUGAUCACGCCGAAUUUAGUUCAACCCACACCUCAACCCGAAACAGUCGAGCAGCAGCUCCCCGAGCAAACCGCCAUUCCCGAUCUACCCAAGAGAGCAACGUAUCAGUCCCCAUUUGAUGACGAUGCCGAUGAAGAUGACAGCGUCUCCAUCAAAAUUUCUCUUGAUCCAUCAUCGGUCCCUAGACCACAAUCAUCCGAGCUCACACCAACUCGCGCGACCUUCGAACCCGAAUCUCAGCCCGAACCCGCCGUUGCCCCUCCUCCGGCCGAAGACGACGAGUACGUGCCCCGGCCGUACACCUUCUCCGACAACUACGAAACCACGAUCACGAUUUUGGGUCCGGAAACUGAUUUCAGGCCGUUCCACAAGGAGCUGCCUCGUGCAACCAUACCCCAGGCCGACUUGCCUCAAGCAGAUGAGCCUCCCGCUACCAUUACCCCUGAGAUUAUUGCUCCUGAGACUUUGCAUCCUGGCGAUGCCCAAUUUGGGGAACCCCACAUUGAGGUCGAAACACUGGACCGUAUCGAAGACUUCUAUACCGGACCGCGCCUGCGCGACAACAUUGCGGCUCUACGUGACUCAACCUUCACCUCCUCCGAUCCUAGCACGCCUCUUGAUGGCCACCUGGCCCCAGCAGAGUACCAAAACUUGCCGGAAACGUCACACAAUCUGGCUGUGCCCGGCCUGCUCGCACCGGGGAACCGUUCAAGUCAGCAUUCCGCGUGGACCGACUUCUCAUUCGGGAGUGAAGACCGCAACACUGGUCAUCCAAGUUCUACAUCCCAGUCACAUGAAGUAGACACCCAUGACGACGGGGCGUCUUUCAGAGCCGCAGCUUCUACGGGAGAUCUCAGUACUUGUGCAUCAAGUCUCGGCGACCUUGCGCAAAGCCCAGAGUCAUCACCGCUGGUCCAAUCCGGCGCCCCGCCCUCCCCUAUGAUACCCGAUUUGUUGGGUAGCCAGCAACAACUCCCCGAGCUCACCAAUGCGGAAUCUUUCAGGCAGCAGAGCGAAUCGGAACCCGGAAGCGUAGCGCCUCUCCCGGAACGUGAAGCCCCCCGCCCUCCCCCAACGGAGCGCAAGUAUGAACGGGAGAGCACUUUGUAUCUUGCGGAAAGCCGACCAGAAAGUUACGCAUACAGCCAAGACGGUGAACGCGAUCUUUCAGGGACUGUGUCACCUCCGGAGUCCUUUUCUCAACUCCGCCUUGACCAAGAGCCCUCACGUGUCUCGCUCAGUGAGACACUCUAUGAUGGCCAGACCCCGCUGACAGAAAAGGAGCAAGAAGAGCAGAAGCGGCUCCGGCAAAGGCAACUGGUUAUCCGAGAGCUCAUCGACACGGAAGACGCCUUUGUCCGAGACAUGACUGUCGUCGAAGAGAUCUACAAGGGCACGGCCGAGGCGUGCCCCAAUCUGGACAACAAGACAGUCAAGCUGAUCUUUAGGAACACAGACGAGAUCAUCGCUUUUCACGCCGCCUUGUUGAUCGAGUUCAAGGAGGGAGCAUCGACCAUCUACACCCCCAAAGGCAGGCGGUCUCCUCCCCCGAUGCCAGAUGCGAAAGACUCCGACACGGCGACCCUGAAUUCCGUUUUCUCUGCGAACAAGCCCGAGCGGAACGACGAAAAGGAUCGUCUCACCAUGCUUGGCUCGGUAUUCUCCAAAAAUAUCGAGCAGCUGAAGGCAGUUCAUGAGGUGUAUCUGAGAUCCAGCGAUAACUCCUCGAAGCGGCUCGUGCAGAUACAAGAAGACAAGACCGUGAUGCUCUGGCUCAACGAGUGCAAUGAGGUGGCAAAGGAGCUGACCAGUGCUUGGAACUUGGACUCGCUCCUCAUCAAACCGAUGCAGCGCAUCACCAAGUAUCCCGAUAUUAUCACCCAUCUCCUCAAGUACACUCCAGAGGACCAUCCGGACCGCGAAUCGCUGGUCAGCGCGAGGACGGUAGUGAUCGAUGCUAUUGACGAGAUCAACAAGACUAAGAAGAACUUUGAGUUGGUCGGCCAGAUCGUGGGCAACAGGAAGCGCAAAGACUCGGAUGUCCGGGCUGGGAUAGCCAGAGCGUUUGGCAAGCGCGUCGACAAACUUCAGGUGUCCGCCACCAAGACAGCCGAAGACGAGGAUUACCAAAAGUUCCAACAGCAGUUCGGGGACGAUUAUCUACGGCUCCAAGUCGUUCUGCGUGACGUAGAGUACUACUCCAGGAACGUUGCGACUUACGUUCACGAGUUUCUUCAAUAUCUGUCCUCCAUGGAGCUCGUCAUGCGCCUCCAGCCCUCCCGAGACUAUGCCCACUUGGAAAGCAAAUGGGUGCAGUUCAACGUAUCUAUGAGAGACAUUGAGAAAAUCGCCCUGGAGAAACAUCUUACCGACGUUCGGAAGCACGUCAUCGAGCCGUUUGAACAGGUCAUCAGGUGCUACGGAAACCCCUCACUCGCUAUGAAGAAGCGGGCGAAACGGCGCCUGGACUACGAAAAAUACAUGGUGCUAAAGGCCAACGGAAAGAAGGUAGACAAGCAACUCGCAGAGCUGGUUGAGCAGUACGAGGCGCUCAACGACACGCUCAAGAAAGAGCUUCCCAAGCUUUCCGCGAUGACAGCCAAGGUCGGGAACAUCUGCCUGGGCAAGUUCAUUAGCAUCCAAGCAGCUUGGUAUGCCAUUUGGAAGGAAAAGGUCAAAGCGCCGCUGUCCGACGUUACGCACGUUCCCGAGCUCUCUGAGAUUGUGACCAGCUUCCAGCGAGAAUUUGCGCUGCAGGAGGAGCGGGCAAAGGCUCUCGGAAUCGUCAACCCCACGCUUAAGGGCAGGGCGUCGCAGUCGACCACCGACGAUGCUUCUUCCAUCCUCUCCAAGACCAAGUCACGACCGAGCGAUAUCCUCUCGCCCCGUGGGAGGGGCUUAUCCAUUAACAGUGAUCACAUCCCGGCUCUCCCUACUCCCGACUUUGUCAAGCGUAACAGCGGACAGUUCAGCCUAUCCCCAGCAAGCAGCGCUCUCCCCAGUCCUGCUAACUACUACCGCGACUACUACUCUGGUAUUAACGGCUACCCCCGCGGCAGCGGCGGCUCGCCCGUCACGCCCGCCGAGAACUCCAACGGAAGCCGACCCCCGGUAGCCGCAGUCCCCCUUUCUAUGCGUCCCAGUACCGGCCACAGCUUUGACUCGACGAGCUUGCCGAGGCAAAGCUCCGAGUCCACCGCCAUGUCGACCAACCGGCGUGAUUCGAACUCGACCUUCAACUCGAGCUACCCGGCCCACAGCGCCGGUGCCGAUCAGCAGACCAGGCGUCUCUCGGGUCUAUUCAACUCCGCGCUGCCGCUACCCGAUGGGCCGGAGGAGAGCGCCAGGUCGUCGAGGGCCUCGUCUAGGGACAGGGGGACUGCUGCUAGCAACGGGUAUAACGUGCUCUGGCUGGCCGCGUCGCUCUUUGAGUUCAACAUUGAGACGACCAAGCAUGAGGCGGGGUAUCCUUACCUGACGUAUCAAGCGGGUGAAAUAUUUGACGUCAUCGCUGAAAAGGGCGAGCUCUGGCUAGCCAAAAACCAAGACGAUCCGCGCGACGUCGUCGGGUGGAUCUGGUCGAAACACUUUGCUAAGCUGGCCGAUUCGUAA